AUGUUGUAUUAUAUUUAUAUUCCGUCGAUUUCAUAUAUUAUAUAUCGACUUUACAAGCAUUUCUUUCCAGCAAAAAACAUCGAUUCACGUGGGAAGUACGUGUUGAUUAGCGGCUGUGAUACUGGUUUUGGACAUAGUCUUGCUAUCGAACUCGAUAAUCUAGGUUUUAAUGUUCUGGCUGGCGUAUAUACUGCUGACAAUAAGGAGACACUCACUACUAAACUUUCGUCGCGUGCGACUGUCUUUAAACUAGACAUCACCAAUCAACAAGAUAUCGACGUUGCUUUUACUCUGGUCAAAAGUAAGACGUCGAGUCUGCAUGCACUCGUGAAUAAUGCUGGUAUUGCUAAUGGUGGGCUUAUCGAUUGGAUUUCACUUGCAACCAUACGUCAAGUUAUGGACGUUAAUUUCUUUGGGCACGUAGCCAUGACUAAAACAUUUUUACCACUAUUAUUAACAGAACCAAACUCACGCGUUGUUAAUAUGAGCUCGGCAGCAGGUUAUCUUGCAGCAGCUGGUGCAUCUGCUUAUAGUUCCUCGAAAUAUGCACUUGAAGCAUUUUCCGAUUGUCUUCGUCGUGAAAUGGCUGUCUGGAAUUUGCAUGUGUCAAUUAUUGAGCCUGGUUUCAUGCGUACACCAAUUAUCGAAGGUAUAUCUGAACAAAUGCAAAAACUUUGGAACAAUCAUGUCGUAAAUGAAAGUAAAGAACGGUGGGGUGACGACUAUUUUUCAGACUGGGUUAGAGAAGGAUCAAAAAUAGCGAAAGAAACAGCUGACAAUCCAAUGAAGGUAGUUACUGCAAUGUGUCAUGCAGUUACAAGCUCAAAACCAAAAAUACGCUACAGACCUGGUUGGCAGUCAAGUAUGUUCUGCUAUCCUCUUUCACUGGCACCAGUCUGGUUUGUCGAUCUUUUUAUUGGCUUAGGACAACGCAAGAUGGCUUUACCAAGUGGUGUAAUAAAACGAAAGAGAACUUAA